AUGGGAAGUCGAGGUUCGAAAAGAAAAUCAAAAGAAGAACAGAGACCAGCAACAACUGAAAGUAGAAAUUCAAAACAGACAUCAAAUUCACCAGAAAGUGAUACUCAAUCUGAAUCGGAUGGAUCAAAUGCGUCUUCAUCAGAAGAUCUAGAAGAACCACAUACGCGAAAUACAGUAUCUUCAAAUGAAAAUCAAGUACUACCACGUCGUAUUACACAAUCAUCAAUUGAUAGUCCCGCACAAACACCGAGUGCUAGUCAAAGAUCAACACCAAGUAUUCAUGUAUCAACACCAGUUCAAAAUAAUCCACCAUCAACACAAUCUGCAACAAGAAAUGCAGGACAAAUGAAUCCUUCAUCCAACGACACGCACCAUCAGAGUUCUUCUAAAAAAAAGAAGAGUGAUAAUGAUGACGUUAGUGAAGACGUUAGUGAAGACUUUGGAGGUGGUACUAAUGAAAACCAAACACACAACUUAUCGACUACAUCAUCUUCUGCAUCACCAAGACAUUUACAAAAAUCUCGAACUCCAUCCGGAAAGAAUAUUAAAAGUACAGACAGACAACCUGUCACAACACUGAAUCAAAACAACAAUCAGCCUUUCAUGUGUCCUUAUUGUCACCGAGGAAUCCAGGACAAUAGCAAAAAAGUUGAAGAUUCACAACUGCCAUGGAUUAAAAAAGAUGCUCCAAAAAGUAAUCUUCAUAUCAAUAUGGAUGAGUACGAUGAAGAAUUUAUUCAAAAAAAGAUUUAUUCAGAACAUGGUCGUCUUCGAGGUGUUUAUGAUUAUUUUUCGAAUAUAGUCGUUAAUGAGAGAGACAAUGAUGAUCAGCCAUCAGUUAACUAUACUAAACAAACUCCUAUUGCUAGAUAUGGAUCAUUGGUUUCACCAACACAUACUCCAUAUCCAGAUUAUGAUCUAUUACAACGUCAUGAGCAUCGUUUAAAUAAACCUUUUACAUCAAAUUUAUACAGUGACUAA